AUGGGAUUAUUACUUGACGCCGUUGCCUUGCCUCCUGAUGAUAUUGAAACAAUUUUUGGUGCAAACUGGCAUAGGAACGGUGGAAAGCGACCUGAUGGCAUUUAUUGGAGCCUUGGAGGAUGGGUCGGCUUUGCGUACGUGCCUCGACAUUCAUUAAACCGGCUAAUUAAACCUGCCAGCGAGAUUCCGACGAAUGCCUACCUCGAUGACACGCUGGUAAAAGAAAAUAGGGUAUGA